UGGGCAGCUGGGGUGCUGGCACCCCAAAAACUGGGAUGGGUGCCCUGGGGGUCUGUACCCCGCUGUGCUGGGACAGAUUGCAGGGAGUUGAGGAUGGCAGAGCCUGUGUCCCCUCGUGUCCCCAUGGUGUGUGGGCUGCUGUGGAGGGAUGGGCUGGUUCUGGGCUCCCUGUGCCUCAGUUUCCCCAGACAGAUCACUGUCACUGGGUGAGGGAGCAGCAAGGAGGAACAGGGCACGCUGGAAAUGCCACAGUGUUGCCGAUUCCCUUUUUUGCUUCCUUAAAAGUGAAAAAACAAACAAAAAGUUGUUAAAUACCAUCCCAGCUGUUGCCGCAGUGUCAGCCAGGGACGCAGGCCAAGGGAGGUGACCAGGUGACAGCCUGGCAUGCCUUCCUCAUGGCAGGGAUGGAGCCAAAGGGGAGCAGAGGAGGCACAGGGAGGUGGGCAUGGGGUGAAAAGGGACUCUGGAGCACCCCAGGAAAGGUGGUGUCCUCCCAAGGGGGUUCGGGGAGGCUUUUUGCCCCCCUUUCCAGCUCCUGCUGCUGUCCCACCCCCAUGGAAGUGGCUGCAGUCUCUGCCUGCUGUGAGGUGGGGGGGGUCACCCCAAAGGCCCCCAGAGGGACUGGAGCUGUGUCCCCCCCGUGCCCCCAUCCAAGAAAUCCCCCUCAUUGCCCUCCUUUCCAGACCCCGUGUCCCCAAAGCAGCGUGGCUCUGCAGAGGGCUGUGCUGUGCUCUGCUGCUCUCCCGGGAGCCCAGGGGGGCUGUGGGAAGCAGGGAUGUCCUGUUGGCACCAAAGAUCAGCCCCAUGGGGAGCAGGGCAGCCCCACAGCUCUCCCCCUGCUCGCUGCCUGCCCUGGGGGGGUUUUGCAGCACAGUUUGGGUCAGGGCACCGAAAUCCCAUAUUCUGGUUUCACUGCUGUGUGCCUGGCACUGGGGCAGAACCGGGCACAGUGCAGUGUCCCCUCCUCGGGACCCCUUGUGCCCUCUGCUUCCAGGCUGCUUCAGCUUGGCCAGAGCAACAGAGGAACCUCCUGCGGCUGCGGGGCUGCGUGCCAGGGCUGGCCCUUCCUCCAGAUCCCACCUUCCUCCUCCUCCCUGCCUGCCGUGGGCACAACCAGCCCCUCGGAGCACAGGACCAAAUAAUACCCAGUGCAAACCCUUGAGGGCCCCUAAAAUAAUUUGUGAGCUGCCUUUCCUCUUCCCCCAUCUCCUGGGAGCCCAGAUCCCAUCUCCCGGGCAUUGAGAGCUGCCGGGGUCUGGCUGGCAGGGCCACACGUGUUUGUCCCCACGGGUGGCCCGGCAGCGUGCCCUGGGCAGCAGCACAGCCUGGAAAACAAACAGCAAACAGCAAAGAUCCGGGCCAAUGUCCACCCUCUGCCCCUUGCCCAGCUGAGCACGGCCACCUGGGGACACCGGCACGGUCCCUUGGACAUCACCGCUCCCUCGGUGUCACACAGGCCCGGUGCUGGCUGAGGACACGCCGCGAGGUCCCACGGGCCACCAGAGCAUCUGUUGCCAGGCCAUGGCAGCCCGGCCAGAAGAGGGCCAGAAGCCCUUCCACAUCGUUUCACCCGUCCUGGAGAGCCUGUCCCUCUCCAAGGCCGCGGGCACCAAGGUCUUCAUGAAGCUGGAGAACGUCCAGCCCUCGGGAUCCUUCAAGAUCCGGGGCAUCGGGCACCUGUGCCAGGAUGCUGCCAAGAAGGGCUGCCGGCACUUGGUCUGCUCCUCAGGAGGGAACGCGGGUCUGGCAGCCGCCUAUGCUGCUCAGAAGUUGGGGCUGCCCAUCACCGUGGUGGUCCCCAGCAGCAGCGGCCCCACCCCCGUGCGCAAACUGCAGGAACUUGGGGCGACAGUCGAGGUCUACGGCAAGGUGUGGGAUGAUGCCAACAGCAGAGCCCAGGAGCUGGCUAAGGCAGAGGGCUGGGUCAGCAUCCCCCCCUUCGAUCACCCCUUGGUGUGGGAGGGACACGCCAGCCUGGUCCGGGAGCUGAAGGACUCUCUGGAGGCCAAACCAGACGCCAUGGUGGUGGCGGUGGGUGGCGGGGGGCUGCUGGCCGGUGUGGUGGCCGGCCUGCAGCAGGUGGGCUGGCAGGAUGUCCCCAUCAUCGCCGCCGAGACGCGGGGGGCUCACAGCUUCCACGAGGCGCUCCAAGCCGGGCAGCUCGUCACCCUGCCCGCCAUCACCAGCGUGGCCACGGGCCUGGGUGCCCGGACGGUGGCGGCGCGGGCGCUGCAGUGCGCCCGGGAGUGCCCGGUGCUCUCACAGGUGGUGGAGGACACGGAGGCCGUGCGGGCUGUGGAGCAGUUCCUGGAUGAGGAGCGGAUGCUGGUGGAACCGGCGUGCGGGGCCGCGCUGGCCGUGCUCUACUCGGGGCGGCUGCAGCGGCUGCAGAGCGAGGGGCGGCUGCGGAGCCCGCUGAGCUCCGUGCUGCUGGUGCUCUGCGGCGGCAGCAACAUCCACACGGCCCAGCUGCGGGCCCUGAAGAGCCGCCUGGGGCUGCCGUGACACCCGCGCCGGGCACGGCGUGUGGCAGAGCCCCCCCGGCCCGCUCUGCUUGCUUGCCUUCCCAAAGAACCGAAAUAAAGCCUGGGGACCGGA